GAAACAGGAACCAUGGGCUCUUAGGCUAAAGCUGACCAUCCAAGAAGCUGAUUUUUUUCAUAUGCAAUUGAACUUUUGCACAGAAAAAGAUGAUCUGUUUCACAGUCCUGCUAAUGCAGUUAGCUCUGUCCAUUGUAACAACAGAUGGACAAACAGAGCAGCCAUCUCUUUCCCGCUGCAGCCUUUUUGGAGAUGAUCACAUCAAAACAUUUGAUGAGUCUUUCUAUGACUUUGCUGGGGAUUGCAGUUACCUCCUGGCUGGGGACUGUCACAAACGUUCCUUCACGCUCAUAGGUGACUACCAGAAUGGAAGAAGAAACGGCUUCUCUGUGUAUCUGGGAGAAUAUUUUGACAUUCACUUGGCUUUAGAUGGAACUGUGACUCAGGGGGACAAAAGGGUUUCCCUGCCAUUUGCCUCCCAUGGGAUAUUUGUAGAGACUGAGGCAGGCUAUUAUAAGUUAGCCAGUGAUGAGCAUGGCUUUGUGGUGAAGAUUGACAUCGAUGUGAAUAUUCAAAUACUGUUUACAGAGAAGCACUAUAAUAAAACCUGUGGCCUUUGUGGCAACUUUAAUUACUUUGCCGAAGAUGACUUCAGAACGCAGGAAGGGACCCUGGUCGAAAGCAGCUAUGAUUUUGCUAAUUCCUGGGCCUUGCACAGUGAAGAUAAGCGAUGCAAAAGAAUGCCUGCUCCAAGCAACACCUGCAAUAUUUCAUCCGAAUUUGCAGAUAAGGACAUCAUGGAAAGGUGCCAGCUGCUAAGGACAUCUUCAGUAUUCUCCAAAUGCCACCAUCGAGUUGAUCCAGAGCUAUUCAUUGGUCUCUGUGAAGAAGAUAUGUGCACCUGUGCUCAGGACAUGCACUGUCACUGUCCAACUUUCCUUGAGUAUGCCAGGAGCUGUGCUCAGCAAGGAGUGAUCGUGGAUGGCUGGCCCAACGACAGCUCGUGUAGGCCAAGAUGUCCAGUUGGCAUGGAGUAUAAGGAGUGUGUAUCUCCUUGUGUCAAAACCUGCCAGAGUCUGAAUAUCAAUGAAGUUUGUCAAGGACAAUGUGCUGAUGGCUGCAGCUGCCCUGUGGGGAAGCUACUUGAUGGUGAUAGCUGUGUUGACAGCUCUGAGUGCUCCUGCAUACAUUCUGGCAUGCGCUAUCCUCCUGGCUCCUCCAUCUCCCAGGACUGCAACUCAUGCAUUUGUCGACGUGGCAUCUGGAUCUGCAGCAAUGAGGAGUGCCCAGGAGAAUGCUCUGUCACUGGCCAAUCCCAUUUCAAAAGUUUUGACAACAAGCAUUUCACCUUCAGCGGGAUUUGUCAAUACUUAUUUGCCAAAGACUGUGCGGAGAACUCCUUUUCUGUCAUCAUAGAGACGGUCCAGUGUGCCGAUGAUCUUGAUGCAGUGUGCACCCGCUCGGCCUCUGUCCGAAUCCAGGACAUGGAGAACAGCAUCAUCAAAAUGAAGCAUGGGGGCGUCAUCUCUCUGAAUGGGCAGGAUGUACAGAUUCCUUUGACACAAGGUGCCCUCCGUAUCCAGCGCAUUAUGAUGUCUUCAGUUCGCCUCACCUAUGGGGAAGAUUUACAGAUUGACUGGGAUGGUCGUGGUAAACUUCUGGUGAAGCUCUCCCCAAUGUACACUGACAGAAUCUGUGGUCUGUGUGGAAACUUCAAUGGCAAUGAAGGGGACGACUUUCUGACACCUUCUGGUCUCGUGGAAGCCCUUGUGGAAGAUUUUGGAAAUGCCUGGAAGCUCAAUGGAGAUUGCCAAGACUUGUUAAAACAAGACAGCGACCCCUGUAGUCUCAACCCUCGCUUAGCCAAGUAUGCUGAAGAUUCCUGCUCAGUUCUGAUGUCGUCCAUAUUUGAGCCUUGCCAUCAUGAAGUUAGCCCUUCUCCAUACCUGAAGAACUGCCGCUAUGAUGUUUGCUCCUGUUCUGAUGGCAAGGAUUGCUUGUGUGCUGCUGUUUCUACCUAUGCCACUGCAUGUGCUAGGAAAGGCGUUCUGAUCGAGUGGCGGGAACCGGACUUCUGCUCAAUGACUUGUCCAGAAGGCCAAAUUUACCAGCAGUGUGGAACUCCAUGCAACCAGACCUGCCGAGCUCUAUCCUACCCAGAUGUAGGCUGCAAUGAGGUCUGCAUGGAAGGCUGCUAUUGUCCACAUGGGCAAUACAUUGAUGAGCAUGGAGAUUGUGUACCAAAGUCCCAGUGCUCUUGCUACUAUGAUGGUGAGAUCUUCCAACCAGAUGAUGUCUUUUCAGAUCAUUAUACCAUGUGCUAUUGUGAAAACGGCUUCAUGCACUGCACUACAAACAGACUCCCUGGUACCUUCCUGCCAGAUGUUUUCUUUGACCAUCAGCCAUCUGCCAGAAUAAAAAGAAGCUUGAUAUGCAGGGCACCUAUGGACAAGUUUGUUUGUCCUCCAAACAACCCAAGAGCUGAAGGGAUAGAGUGUACCAAGACCUGCCAGAACUACGACUUAGAGUGUGGUAGCCAUGGCUGCAUAUCUGGAUGCCUCUGUCCCAAAGGAAUGAUACGACAUGAAAACAAAUGUGUUGCUCCUGAGAGGUGCCCAUGUUUCCACAAUGGAAGAGAAUACGCUAAAGGAGAGACAGUGAACAAAGACUGUAACACUUGUGUGUGUCGUGGUCGAAAGUGGGACUGCACAGAUAAUGUAUGUGAUGCCACCUGCUCAGUUAUUGGUACAGCCCAUUUCUUGACAUUUGAUGGACUGAAAUAUAUGUUUCCAGGUGACUGUCAAUAUGUGUUGGUUCAGGAUUACUGUGAGGAUGAGUCUGGAACCUUUCGGGUUCUCAUUUCAAAUGAGGGAUGUGGCUUAACUGGAGAAAAGUGCACUAAAAGGCUUACCAUUCUGUUUGACAAUGGGGAGAUAGAGCUGUUCAAUGGAAAUAUCUCCACACAAAGUUGUGAGGAUCUGAAUAAGCACGAAUUGGAGUAUCAGUGUGAAUGGAGAUAUAACAGCUGUGGACCUGCCUGCCCUAUAACAUGCCAGCACUUUGAACCUGUGGUGUGCCCUCUGCAAUGUGUAGAAGGAUGCCAUGUGAACUGUCCUGAAGGAAAAAUACUUGAUGAACUAUCCCAGUCAUGCAUUGAUCCAGAAAGCUGUCCUGUAUGUAUAUUAGAAGGUGCCAGGAUCCCCCAUGGAAAGAGGGUUGUUUUGAACAAAGAUGAACAUUGUCUAUCAUGUCACUGUGAAGGAAAGAACUUAACAUGUAGUGCCUGUGAGUCAGAAGAGAGAGAGGAAGAAAUCAUUAUACCAACGCCAGUUGCUACAGAAGAAACAGAUAUAGACAUAGGGACACGUGUAUACUCCUGCAGCAAAAUGAUGGACCUGGCCUUUCUGAUGGAUGGUUCCAACAAACUCUCAGAAAAGGACUUUGAACUGUUAAAAGAUUUCAUAAUUAGCAUGAUGGAAAAACUCCACAUCUCCCAAAAGAAAAUCCGAGUGUCAAUUCUGGAAUACCGCACUGGCUCCAACAUCUAUCUUGGGCUCAAAGAUAUUAAAACACAAUCUCAGAUGAGGAAAAUUGUCCAAAACAUAAAAUACACUGGUGGAGAAGUUGCCUCUGCCACUGAAGUGCUUAAAUAUAUUGUAUUCCAUGUGUUUGGAAAAGCACCAAGGACAAAUGCUGCCAGAAUUGCUCUGUUGUUGACAGCCAGCAAGUCUCCAGGAAAUAUUCAGCGCAUCCUCACUCUUCUGCAAAAGAAGAAAGUCACAGUAAUACCAGUAGGAAUUGGACCGUCUAUUAGUAUGGAGCAAAUCAAGCUAAUUGAAAGGCAGUGGCCAGAAAACAAGGCCUUCAUAAUGAACAAUGUACAGGAGUUAAUGGAAAACAGGGAUGAAAUAAUCAAUUACCUGUGUGAUCUUGUACCUGAAGAAAGUGAUGUGUUAACAACUACCACCCAAAAACCUAUUACAAUCUCGCCCCGGGCAGCUACUGUGACGGUACGCUAUCCAGUCUGGGAGUCCACGAGAUUAGCUACGACCCCAUUGCCAAGUAAAGAGAUUUCCAAAGUGCUUGAUAUAGCUUUUGUUGUUGAAGGGUCUGAAAAAGUAGGAGAGGAGAACUUCAAUAUAAUCAAGAGUUUCAUUGUAAAAGUUAUCAGAGAAAUGGACAUAGGAGAAGAAACCAUUCAUAUUACUAUCAUACAGUACUCGUACACUGUCACUGUUGAGUACUCCUUCAGUGAAGCACAGUCAAAGCAAGACAUUAUUGAGGUGGUGAAGAAGAUACAGUACCAAGGCGGGAAUGCCACCAACACUGGAAAUGCCCUCAGCUAUGUCUCUGAACACACAUUUACCACAGACAAUGGAGGCAGGGGACAAGUGCCACACUUAGUGUACAUGGUAACUGCAAACCCUGCCACUGAUGUCAUCUCACGUGUUGCAAGUGGCAUAAAUGUGAUCCCUAUAGGUAUUACCCCCAAUGCGAACAUUCAAGAGCUUGAGAAGAUCAGUCAACGGCACACCCCAAUAAUCAUAGAGGGUUAUAACGAACUUAUUCGAGAAGCACCUGACUUAGUGUUGAAAACGUGCUGCUCAAGUAAAUCCAGAUUGCCCUCAGAACCUCCAGAACCUUGCAGCAGACCAAUGGAUAUCAUGUUUCUUCUGGAUGGAAGUUCCAGUGUUGGAGCAUCAGAGUUUGAGGAAAUGAAAAGUUUUGUAAAAGCAUUUAUUGAAAACUAUGGCAUCAGCAAUACCUCGACUCAAGUGUCAGUUCUCCAGUAUGCAAGGGCAAACACCCUUGAAAUUUCAUGGAACAUGCCACAAGAGAGUAAAAAUCUUCUAAAUAGGGUGAGCUUAAUUCAGCAAAGAGAGCAAGGUCCCAGCAAACUAGGUGAAGCAGUAAAUUUUGCAGUUCAGCAUGCUAUGUCUGAAGCCCAUGGAGGAAGACCCAGUGCAUCAAAGAUAGCAGUGAUCAUUGUAUCAGAGAAAUCAGAGGAUCCGGUGGACUCUGCUGCAUAUUCUGCAAGCAUCAACAGGGUGUCAUUGUUCCCAAUUGGAGUUGGAGAUAGAUACGAUGAAGAGCAGCUGAGGACGUUAGCUGGGCAAUCUGCUACUGACAGGAUCAUUAAGCUAAGACGAUUUGAAGACCUUCCCGACAUGGUCACCUUGGAUGAUGCAUUUGUCAAUAAACUGUGCACGGAGCCUGCUGGAGAAUGUAUAGAUGAGGAUGGGAAUAAAAGAAGACCCGGUGACAAAUGGACAUUACUGGAUAGUUGUCACUUUGUGACAUGCUUACCAGGUGGCCGCACGGUUCUGGAGAGUCACCGAAUUAAUUGUGCGAAGAUGCCAAGACCUACAUGUCACAAUAAUCUCCCUGCUGUUAAAACUGAGGAAACCUGUGGCUGCCGCUGGACAUGUCCAUGCAUGUGCAUGGGCAGCUCAACCCGACAUAUUGUCACCUUUGACGGGCUGGAUUUUAAACUGACUGGCAAUUGCUCCUACACCUUGUUUCAAGACAAAGAGCAUGAUAUUGAAGUGAUUCUCCACAAUGGGGCGUGCAGUUCAAAACCAAAACUAAACUGUAUGAAUGCCAUAGAAGUGAAGCACCAUGGCAAAUCAAUACAGCUCUCUGGAGACAUGACAGUUGCUGUUAAUGGAGAAAUGACUACUGUUCCUUAUAUAGAUGAUUACUUUAAAGUCACCAUCUAUGGAGCAAUAAUGCAUGAGAUCAGGUUCUCCCAGCUCGGACAUAUUUUCACAUUCACUCCAAGAAACAAUGAAUUUAUCCUUCAUCUUAUCCCAAGGAGCUUUUCUUCACAAACAUAUGGCCUUUGUGGGGUUUGUGACCAAAACAAUGGCAAUGACUUCAUGCUAAGUAACGGCUCUGUCACAUCUGACAGCAGCAUAUUUAUUCAAGAAUGGACUGUGAAAGAACCAGGCGAAAUCUGUGAAAUCAAGAGAGAUGACAGAUGUACCGAACAUGCCACUGCCAAGUGCAACGUUCUGCGCUCACCUCAGUUUGCACAAUGCCAUGGAAUGAUCUCUCCAGACUCGUUCUAUUCUGCAUGUGAAAAAAACAGCUGCUAUGAGGAUGAAAUCUGUGAGGUCAUAGCUUCCUACGCUCACGUUUGCAGAACAAGUGGGAUUUGCGUCGUUUGGAGAUCACCGGAGUUUUGUGCUAUGAAAUGCCCCAACUCUUUGAUAUAUGAUCACUGUCGAACAAGCUGCACAAAGCACUGUGAGAACAGCACCAGCAUCAGUGUCUGCAAGGACUAUCCCACAGAAGGCUGCUUCUGUCCACCCGGACAGGUGACUUUAAAUAGUGAUUGUGUUGAUGAAGAAGUCUGCACACAGUGUGUCGCUGAAGAUGGAACACGCCAUCAGCACACAGAAACAUGGAUUCCUUCCAACGAGCCCUGCAAGAUCUGCAUGUGUCUUGAGAAUAGGAUAAUAAACUGCACUACCCAACUUUGCUCUACUGCCAAACCUGCAGUUUGUGGUCCCUGUGAAGUUUCCAGACUACGCCGGGACUCUGAUCAGUGUUGUCCAAAGUAUGAGUGUGUAUGUGAUUUAGUUACCUGUGAUCUGCCUGCUGUACCUGUUUGUGAAGAUGGUCUUCAGCCUGUAUUGACAAACCCUGGAGAAUGUAAAGCAACUUACACUUGUGCUUGCAAGCAAGAGGAAUGCAAGCUAGAGCACAUUCCUUCCUGCCCUCCACAUCGAGAGCUGACUGUUAAGAAGACCCAGUGCUGUGAUGAAUAUGAGUGCACCUGCAGCUGUACCAAUUCUACAGUGCGCUGCCCAGCUGGAUAUUUAUCGAUGUCUGUCACCAAUGACUGUGGCUGCGCAACUACUAACUGCAUUCCAGACAAGGUUUGUGUGCAUCGCAAUGUUGUCUACCCCAUUGGGAAAUCCUGGGAAGAAGGCUGUACAGAUUGCACCUGCACUGACAUGGAAGAUGCUGUCACAGGACUUCAUAUUGCAGAAUGUCUUGAGAAAGAGUGCAGUACGAUCUGCCCUCAGGGAUAUACAUAUGUCAACCAGGAAGGGGAGUGUUGUGGAAAAUGUCAGAAGACUUUGUGUGAAGAGCAGAACUCAUGGUCUCGAGGGGAUGUAGAUGUCCGUUUGCAUGAGGUCGGCACAGAGUGGCGAUCCCCUUUCAGCCCUUGCAUUAUCAACAAGUGUGUCCGAGUGAAUGAUGAAGUUUUUGUUGAGAAAAGGAACGUGUCAUGUUCUCAGAUGGAUGCACCCACCUGCCAUUUAGGAUAUGAGUUGCGCUGUGACCGAAUAACAAAUUGCUGUCCUUCCUGCCGGUGCGAACCUGUGAAUGGUUGUGUUCUGAAUGGCACCGUUCUCGGGGUAGGGGAACACCUGAUGUUGGACCAAUGUACGAAUUGUCAGUGUGGCCUCCAGAGGGGGGCCACAUAUGAACUACAUAUGAACUACAAACUGAGCUGUAGAAAAACCACCUGUGAACCCUGUCCCAAGAGCUACAGGAUGGAAGAAAUCAGUGGUUCCUGCUGUGGGAGAUGUGUGCCAACUUCAUGUGGUAUCAAGUUGAGAGAUGGAAGAAUCCUAUAUCUGAAGCCGAAUGAGACAGUUCAAGAUGGCUGUGACAGUCAUUCUUGUAAAGUAAAUGAGAAAAGAGAAUUUAUCUGGGAAAAACGAAUCACUGGCUGCCCUCCAUUCGAUUCCAGGAGAUGUUUGGCUGAAGGAGGUAAAAUUGCAAAAAUUGACAAUACCUGUUGUGAAACAUGUAUAGAAGCAGAAUGCAGACAAGUAAAUUCCAGGCUGACGUAUAUGAAUAUCAAUGGCUGUGAGGCUGAAGAUGGAGUGUCUAUUUUCCAGUGUGAGGGCAAAUGCAGAAGCAAAACCAAGUACUCUAUUGAAAGGAAUAGACUUGAAGAUGAGUGCACCUGUUGUUCAGCUACUCAGACAGUUCCGGUGAACGUCUCUCUGCGCUGUGCCAAUGGCACAGUGGUGCAGCAUGAAGUACCAUCUGCAGUGCAGUGCGACUGUUUCUCUCGUAAAUGUACAUAGUAAACCUUUCCAGAAGCUGCUUCAUUUAACCUUUAUUUUUAAUGGCUAAGGAAUUUACCAUUCAGAUCUCACUUUCUUUCUUUAGACUGCUUUCUUCCAAAUGAUUGUAUCAACAUACCAAACAAUAAAUGCAAAGCUU